CAACAACAGAGCAGAGCUACUACAGUUUUGGCAUCCCGCUGCUGAAACACGCUGUUCUUUCUGUUGUUACUGACAAAAAGGACAUGUCACGGAAAGCCAAAGAAGAAUAUUACCGGUUCUUUACCGUCACCGACACACGCACACACGAGAAGGGGCACACGGAGUACAAAGUGACAGCAAGGUUUGUGUCCAAGCGUCAUCCGGAAGAUGUGAAGGAGGUGGUCGUGUGGAGGAGGUUCUCAGAGCUGAAGAAGCUCCACGGAGAGUUGGCCUACACACACAGGAACCUGUUCAGACGACAGGAGGAGUUUCCUCCAUUUCCCCGUGCACAAGUUUUUGGAAGGUUUGAUGAGGCUGUGAUUGAGGAGAGGAGGAAUGCUACAGAAGCUAUGCUACUAUUCACCACUACCAUACCUGCACUGUACAACAGCCCACAGCUCAAGGACUUCUUCAGAGGUGGUGAGGUCACAAGGCCUCUGGAUCCCUCCAUCGUAGCCUCUGGUGGGCCUCUGCCCCCACCUCUCAUCCCCCUCCCCAAGCGGAGAGCUUCAGACUGUGAGCCUGCAGAGGAAGAAGCAGGGAGGGAGGCACCUACUUUACCCCAAGAUCUUGGCACCAACCUGGGGUUAGAAGUUGGAGAACCGGAGGAGGCAGUUGAAGCCUACAGCGAAAUGGGAGGCUCUCCAAGAGAAGAAGGAGGAGGAGAAGAAGAAGGAGAAGAAGAUGAGCUUAGUGAUACAGAGCUGGAUGACAGAGUCCCAUCUCCUGACCCAUCUCCAGCCAGAACCCACCAAUCACAGGAGUCUCAGGAAGAGUUUGAUUCCCUCUUCGACUCUGUGGCAGAAGAGCAUGUGCCCUUCCCAAAAGAGGAAGUUCCACCUCCGCUGUCUGACAAUGACCUGGCUGUCUUUGAUCCCUGCUACAAACAAGACAGAUCCGAUUCCUCCUGCGACCACUCAGAAUUGUUCUCACUGCCGUCAGCCAAUUUAGAAGGAGACGCGGGGUAUUUGAACCAAGCUGCUACUGAGCUAACAGCCGCCAUGGAGAAGGAGAAGGAGGGAGAAUUUAGCUCUGCCAUACGUGGAUACAGGACAGCGGUGGAUAUACUGAUCACUGGAGUACAGGGUGACCCAGAUCCAGCACGCAGGGAGUCUGUGAUGAGAAGGACAGCCCAGUACCUAAAACACACUGAGAUGUUGGUCGACAGGCACGCCUCGCCCACACACACUCACACACCUACGCACACGCAUGCACAGGACCCAUAAUUACACACAUGCAUAUUUAUAUACACUGUUCACACACAUGAAGACAGACAAGCUCAGGGUUCUGACAUACACAUAGACACGUACAUGUCUCACACAUAUGCAGACACACACACACACACACACACACACACACACAUACACACACACACACACACGCACAGUGAGAUUACGUGCUCAUUUGGACCGCAACCAUCAUAAAUACUUUCUCAUAAAUACUACAUGGCGGACACACACACACUCCUGAGGUACACACUAUACUGCACACUGUUGUUGUAGCUGCCUUUGAUUAGUCAAGAGUAUUUGAUUGAUAAUAAUUUAAAAAUCUGGAAACUGUCACCUUAAUCUCUCUCUCUCUGUUUCUCACUUUUUUCUUUUGUCUAAUUUCUUUGCUAUCUUUUCUUGUUGAAUUCAGUAAUGUGUAUGUACAUUAAGUAAUGCAUUUUGCACAAUGUUUUGUUAAUAAACAUGAUUUUAAU